UAAGUGAUGUAUCGGAUCUCGUAUCAUACCUAGAGGCCGUAUACAUUCAAAAUGCAAAAUUUGACAUUCCACCAAUCUAUCCCGUUGAUAUGAUAUGCCGUGGCAUCGAUGAAGCUCCAAAUAAAACGGAUAUAUUGGAUCGAAUAUUUGCCGGUCUAGUUGCCAUUGCAGGCAAUAGCUCUUGUUAUAUAAAUGCAACUAGUGUAACCGAUAACAUUUCACUUUUAAGUUGGAGUUGGCAGAUUUGCAGUGAUCUUGUGUUCACCAUUAGCACUGGCAAUGACACCAUGUUCCCUCAAAGUUCAUUUGAUGUUGAAAGCUACAUCGAGCAAUGUAAGAGUGCAUACGGUGUUCCACCCAGACCACAUUGGGUCACUACCUAUUUUGGAGGCCAUGACAUAAAAUUAGUGCUGAAAAGGUUUGGAAGCAACAUCGUAUUCACUAAUGGUUUGAGAGAUCCUUGGAGUGCUGGAGGGUACAUAUUACUAAAUUCCUUGCGUGUGUACAUGAGUUGUAUUAUGUGUGUCAUACUGUGCAAAAAUACUGAACCAUUGAAUUCACGGAAACUAGAUUAA